GGGCACGAGAAGGGCUGGGCCGAGGUGCCGCGGGGUUGCAGGAGGGUCGUGGGCGGCGUGCAGGAGACAUGUCGGGGAGCAGCAGCUGCAGCCAGACUCCCAGCCGGGCCAUUCCCACUCGCCGCGUAGCCCUCGGCGACGGUGUGCAGCUCCCGCCCGGGGACUACAGCACCACCCCCGGAGGCACGCUCUUCAGCACCACCCCGGGAGGAACCAGGAUCAUCUAUGACCGGAAAUUUCUGAUGGAGUGUCGGAACUCACCUGUGGCCAAAACACCCCCGAAGGACCUGCCAACCAUUCCUGGGGUCACUAGCCCUACCAGUGAUGAGCCUCCGAUGCACGCUAGCCAGAGCCACCUGCAUAGCAGCCCGGAAGAUAAGCGGGCAGCUGGUGAAGAGUCACAGUUUGAGAUGGACAUUUAAGGGACCAGCCAUAGGACGGAGUGAUGCUUUCUGGACCCCACGAGGCCCUUGGAAGGAGAGCCACAGCAGGCAGGCCUUAUACCAGGCAGACAUUGGGCGUGGGCCGGCCACCCAAUCCCAUUCCUCCUCACUCAGGGCGCUUGCUCUGCCUUCUGUUCUGUGAACACCAGCAGAUACCUCCUUGUGCCUCUGGUGAUGCUGAGCUGCUACUCCAGGGGACAGACUCUUGCCCACACCCUGCCUCAAGCGCCAGGAAGUGGACACAGAGGAGCCCGUCAGAACGGUCUUCUGGCAACUGUAGCCUCGACUUCUGGAGCACACCUACCCUUUCCAUAGGUUGGGGCAUCUGGGAAAGCUACCCUUCACUUCUUUCCCUGAGAGGAAAUAAAAGCCACAUUUACCCUACGCCCCAGGCUGGGCCCUGUCUCAACUGUUUUCAACUUGAAAUGAUAACACAGUUACUCUCUGUUCAGUGCUUAUAGUGUACUUUCCUUUACGUCAUCUCAUGUGAUUAUCAUACCAGGUAAGCAGAGCAAGCCUUACUGUCAUUUUUCA